UAUACUUUAUGUUAAAAUUGCAUUUUUAAGGAUUACAUUCAUCGGAACGAAAUAAGAAAGAUGUCGCACCAGGAAAUUGAGAAAAAUUCCAUCAAGCGGCCAAACGACACCAGUCCGGUGAAGACUAAGAGGAUCAAGCUUGCGAGUAAUAAAGAGCCGGUACUUGAACCCGCCUUCUCUGGAGACGAAAUAAUAACUGCCGUGCAGAGGUCAACUGAGGAGGAACUCAUAGGGGACUUCAGCUGGCCCUAUACCCUGCCGAUUACGAAAGGAAGGCAUCAGGACCUAAAGUCCAUAACUGCCUCAACUGUGGCCGACCUAAUUACAGGCAGAAUUAUAAAUGUGGAAUUCAAAAUAAUUGAUUGCCGGUAUCCCUAUCAGUUUAAUGGCGGCCAUAUAAGUGGUGCCGUGAAUCUUUAUAAAAAAAACGGGACUGCAUACCCUGCAUUAGAUUACCCAGAGCUUUAUCUCUUGGAUGGUGGAUAUAAUAAAUUCUUCAGGGAGUAA